GUUCAUGAAAACAGGAGAUACAGAGUGUUUAAAGCAGUAAGAAUUUGGCCAAGGGUGCGUCUAACUAGGGCGACAUUGUCUGAUAAAGACUUAUCAGAGCAGGCGGUGAAUGUUGGACAGAGGCAACCAUGAUGUUGGAUUUGGGUUGAAACUACAGGACAUCAAGGCCCUUCCCCCAGUGGGAGGUGCACUACACAGUCAUUAAAAGAGAGGAGGAGCUCUACGGCGUCAAAAGAAAACAGCAGAGUGACUUUGUAGUAGUAGUAGAAGGAGCAUAGCAGACAAAUAGAAAAGAGAGGAGCGCUCGACUGAAAAAGACAUGAGUACAGAAGAAAAUCAGAGUAUGGGUGGAGGAGAAGUGGUGGACACAAAACCUGGCCAGUCUGGCUGGAAGCAAUUCCAGUGCCCCAUAGCUGAUCCACACUUUCCUAGAGAAGAUAUGAAGCAGAUAUGGAAGGAGUGUCAGUACGAGAGCUUCUGGUAUCGAGCUCUUCCACUCUCUGCUGGCAGCGUGGCUGUGACUGGGGGCCUCAUAUACAGCGGUGUCUGGAAACAGUCUAAGCGAUUUGGGUACUUCCCUAAACUGCUUUUGGCGGGUAUUGUGGGUUAUGCAGUAGGCAAAGCUUCCUACCUCGGGACCUGCAGAGAGAAGUUCAACAAUAAACUGGGACCAGAUUUUGCCAAAGGGUUCGGUCCUUCUGGAUUUAGACCUGGUGGCUGGAAACCUGGUCAUAAACACUGCAUUCACGUGUGUGAAAAGUGCAAACAAGAAGAAGCACAAGCCGGGGCAACAGCUCCUGAUGCACCCACUCAGAGCUAAGGCACAGAUCGGACUUCUGUCGAAGGCUGGAAAGCGGACUUCGAAGCAGACUGUUGAGAUUCGGAUAGGUCGGGAUCCUCAAACUCUGACUGGUUUGGCCUUAAGAACAAAAAAAAAAAAAAAAAUCACUUUGUGUAAAACACUUGUCAAAGUGAAGAGUUCGUUUGCAAAAACUCACUUUUAAACAAUCAUGUUAACAGCUAAAAAACAGCUUGCUAACGCAACAUUUGAAAAGAAAAAAAAAAUGUUUUUGCAAACAAACUCUUCAUUUAUAUGUUAAAAAAAAAAAAAAAAACUAACAAAAAGACACACCCACGGAAAGAUGGACAGAGUAAGGGAGAAAGCAAUUUUAUAUUUGUAACUAUACAUAAAAAAAAAUAAAAUAUGUUUGAACGUU